CUUCCUUUAUCUUCAUCUCCACUCCUGUCCCCUCUCUCUCUUUCUAUCUCAUUCUCAUUCUCUCUCUCUCUCUCUCUCUGAGUAAGACCCUUAGAUCUCCGUCCCCGUUUUUUCCCCCUUUUUCUUACAUUAAUUUCUCUAAUUUCCCCCAUUAUUUCGAAACCGUUGUUCGGAUUUCGCUUGGUCGAGCGCGAAAGUUAGCGCUUUCAGUGCAAAUCAAUGGCGGAACAAGAGGUAGCGGUAGCAGGAGAUGGAAGCCCUGUGCCUUCAGAUCACAAGAGGAAGCUUGAAGAUGUGGAACCUGAAGCUCCAGAACCGGUCGUUUCGAAUGCUUCUCCGGACGAAGCUGCAGCAGAUGAGAAUGUGAACGCGAACUCCGAUGAGGCGCAGAAUGAUACGGAGAAACCCCAAGAGAGUGCCGAGCAGGACUCGACUUCUCCCAAGGUGAAGCGGCCUCGCCUGGAGGAAGAAACCACCGAUCUUUCAGCUGCUGAGAAUGGCCACCAGGUGCAAGAGUCAGAAGAGAUGCCUGCAGAGAAAGUUGAAAAUACAUCUGUAGAUGGUACAGAAAAUGCUCAAGCCCCAUCUACUGGUACUGUAAACCUUGAAAAUCAUGUUCACCAGACUGAAAAUGGUGGUGAAGCACUCUCUGGUGAGAAUCUUCAGGCAGGCACCAAUCAACAUCCUUCAGGAGGCAAUCUUCAAAUAACCUCCAUGAUUCCCCAACAAGGAGAACUUGCUUCUGCACAACAACCGCCUGCAUCCGAUACGCAGACUACAUCACGGAAAAUGGAAGUUCCAAAUAAUAAGGUUGGCGUUCUUAUAGGCAAAGCUGGAGAUACCAUCCGAUUCUUGCAAUAUAAUUCUGGGGCAAAAAUUCAAAUCACACGAGAUGCUGAUGCUGAUCCAUAUUCUUCAACCAGGCCUGUGGAACUCAUAGGAACUCUGGAAAAUAUAAAUAAAGCCGAAAAGUUGAUUAAAGAUGUUAUAGCAGAGGCUGAUGCAGGGGGUUCCCCUUCCCUUGUCGCAAGGGGCUUUGGUACUGCACAAGCUAGUGGAGCCACAGAACAAAUACAGAUACAGGUUCCAAAUGAGAAGGUUGGUUUGAUCAUAGGGAAAGGUGGGGAGACAAUUAAAAGCCUACAGACCAGAUCUGGGGCACGCAUCCAGGUACUGAUACCACAACAUCUUCCUGAGGGUGACCAAUCAAAGGAAAGAACUGUGCGCGUGACUGGUAAUAAAAAACAGAUAGAGAUGGCAAGAGAAAUGAUAAAAGAAGUAAUGAAUCAGCCUGUGAGGCCUUCUACUCUCUCUGGUGGUUAUCAACAGCAAGCCUAUCGCCCACGUGGACCCACCGGUCCACCUCAGUGGGGCCCCCGUGCUCCACCUCCUGCACAGCCAACAGGUUAUGAUUAUCCACAACGAGGUAUGUAUCCUUCUCAGAGUCCACAGUAUCCACCUCCAACAUAUGGUGGUUACCCUCCACAACAGUCAGGUCCUAGGGGUGGUUUUAGCGCUGGUUGGGAUCAAAGGCCCGCAGCUCCUAUGCAGGGUCCACCUCAAGGUGGUGGCUAUGAUUACUAUGGACAAGGAGGGGGACAUGGUGGUGAGCCUGCUGGUCCUGCCCCUGUUUCCCAACCUGCCCCAACCCCUGCUGCUGCUGGACCUCCCCCUACCCAAGUGAACUACUAUGGACAGCCACAGGGUCCAGACUACGGGCAACCUACAUAUCCCCAGUCAGCGCCUCCCCAGCAGAACUAUGGGCAUGGAUAUGAAGAACCAAAAUAUGAAAACCAACCUCCAACACAUCCAUAUGGAGGUCAUGGACAUUCUCAGCCAGGGGCUUACCCGCAGCAAGUAAGCACGCAAGCAGGUUAUCCCCAGCAAACGUAUGGUAAGCCACCGCCUUACAGCAUGCCACCACAGGGGCCUCCCCAAUCUUAUGGGCCACCUAGGGCAAGUCAACCUGGAGAUAUGCCAUAUCAAGGUCCUAUGUCACAAACCCACUCAUAUGGGCCAAAUGCUCCCCAGCAGUCAUUCCCAUACGCAUCAGGUGGGCCCAUGCAACCAUACCCAUAUGGUUCUACACCAGCCACCAAUGAUGGUUACAACCAACCUCCCUCAGUAAAUGCACCUGCUUCAGGUUAUCCUCAGCAAGGUGGUCAGGCUGCUCCUGGUUAUGGUCAGCCAGGGGGUCAGCCUGGUGCUGUGUAUGCUCAAGGACCUACAGGGGGCUAUGGGCCUUAUACAGCCUCCCAGCCAGGUUAUGGUGAGCAACCAGCUCCAAACAGUGCAAAUUAUGGUUACCAGGGACCUACAGACACAGCAGGUUAUGGUGGUGCACCCCAGGGUUCAGCUUAUGGUGCACCGUCGAGUGGCCAGGUCGUUUAUGCACAGCCUACAACAAAUCAGCCAGGUUACGACCAGUCCAUGUCUCAGUCAGGUGGUUACGCGGGUGUUCCAACUAAUGCACCAGUGGGUUACGGCAAGAGUUUGUCACCUCAGCCUGGAUAUGGAGCUCAAUACGAUUCAACUCAGACAUAUGCUGCCGGUCUUCACUAAUUAAUUGCUUUGAUACUCGUUUUGAACCUUGGGCACCCACCACUAUGGUCUGGUUUAUGUGGUGAUAUGUCAAAAGUGGUGGCUUGCUUGUCUAUGUCGAAUAUUGCGGGAUUUCAAACUCAGUUUUAUCCCUCAGAGUUGGUGACUCGAUUCAAUGGAUUAUUCUAGCUAGUUGUGUGUCAGUCUUAAAACGUGCAUGCGACUAUAUUGUUUGUGCACAGAGCUAACUUCUGCCCAUUGAUGGAAUGGUACAUGGCCUAGUGUUUAAUAUAAAAUUUUAGAUCUGAUAGAUUCUCUUC